AUGAGUAUAGAUAGUUUUUUUACUGCUGUAUCAGAUAUAACAAAUUUAAAUGGCACUGAAUCUAUUACAGGAAAUAAAGGUCGUUUCAAAGUUAUUCAUUUUGAUGAGACUGAUGAAGUUCCAUCGAUUUCUGCAGUACAAACACAAUAUCAACAUGGUUUACCUACAGAAUCAAUAUCACAACAAUCAUUACCAUCAAUUCUACCGGUAAAAUCUAAAGAAAAUGAAAAUAUUGGCGAAACAGAAUUAGUUGUUGAAAAAGGAGCUAGUUUUCUUAAAAAUUUAUAUGAUUAUCAAGGUGGAACAUUUAUGCCUAUUGUUGAUGAUUUAACUAGUUCAUCAUCAAACGCUCAAUUAAAUACAUUAUUUGGUGUUUAUCUUCCAUGUGUACAAAAUAUCAUUGGUGUUAUUGUUUUUAUUCGACUUUAUUGGGUUAUAGGUGUAAGCGGAAUUAUUCAAGGAAUGAUUAUUAUCGGUCUUUGUUGUUUAUGUACUUUUCUCACGGCUAUUUCAUUAGCUGCAAUUGCAACUAAUGGAAUUGUACCAGCAGGUGGUUCUUAUUUUCUUAUAUCAAGAUCGUUAGGUCCAGCUGUUGGAGGAGCUGUUGGACUUUUAUUUUAUAUAGGUAAUGCAUUAGCUGGUGGUUUGUAUGUAUUAGGUGCAAGUGAAAUUCUUUUAAAAUAUACAUGUCCGAAUAGAUGUCAUUUAUUUGGUCCACCUAUUGAAAAUCAACAAAGUUCAUUUAAUCAUUAUCGUAUAUAUGGAACAAUUUUACUUUUUAUACUUGGUUUAGUAGUUUUUCUUGGUAUAAAAAUUGUUUCACGUAUAGCACCAUUUACUUUACUUGUUGUUUUUCUUUCUAUUAUAUCUAUUCUAAUUGGUAUAAUAAAAAGUGCAAUAUCACCUACUUAUGUACCAAUAUGUAUUAUUGAAAAAAAUAAUAUAAAACAUUUAAUUAAAUCAUCUAUAUUAAAAAAUAAUGUUAUUCAUUAUUGUCAUUCGAAUGUAACAUGUAAUGGAGAAAUAUGUCCACUUCAACAAAUAUUAUGUAUAAAUAAUACAAAUAAUAAUAUAAAUUGUAAUGAUAUAAAUAAUGUUUAUUUAAUAAAUGGAAUACCUGGUUUAAAAGAUUCACAAUUUAGAAAUAAUUUAAAAUCAAUGUAUAUGAAAGAAGGAGAAAUAGAAAAUGAAAUUAUAGUUGGAAUUUUUUUUCCUAGUGUAACAGGUAUUAUGGCAGGAUCAAAUAGAAGUGGAGAUUUAAAAGAUCCAAGUCAAUCAAUACCACGAGGAACAAUUUUGGCCGUUAUAACAACAUCAUUUAUCUAUAUUCUUAUCGCAUUUCUUCUUGCUUGUUCAAUUCAAGGUGUACUUUUACGUGAUCGAGAUGGUUUAAGUAUUAAUCAACAACUUGUCGAAGCAGUUGUUGCUUGGCCAUCACCUUAUGUUAUCAUUACUGGAGCAUUAUGUGCUUGUUUUGGUGCUGGAUUACAAUGUUUGGUUGGUGCUCCACGUUUAUUACAAUCAGUAGCAAAAGAUGAUAUUAUGCCAAUAUUAAAACCAUUUCAAUCAACAUUUCGAGAUGAACCAUUUAAAGCUUUAUUAUUUACAUUAAUAUUAUCUGAAAUAAGUGUACUUAUAGCUAAUUUUGAUAUAGUAACCACCAUGGUUUCUGAAUUUUUUCUUAUGUGUUAUUUAUCAGUUAAUCUUGUUUGUAUUCUUCAAACACUUUUACAUGAACCAUCAUGGCGACCACGUUUUCGUUUUUAUCAUUGGUUAUUAUCACUUCUUGGUGUUAUUGUAUGUAUUGCAAUAAUGCUUAUAUCAUCAUGGUAUAUAGCAUUAAUAAGUUUAGCUAUUGGUGUAAUUGUUUAUAUUUAUAUAUGGUAUGCUGGUGCUAAUAAAGAAUGGGGCGAAGGUUUAAAAGGUUUACCUAUGUCAAUAGCACAUGUAGCUUUAUCACGUUUGGAUGAUCGACCAAUGCAUACAAAAAAUUUUCGACCACAAAUUUUAGCUUUUAUUAAAUGUAUUUAUAAUGAAAAUCAACAUCGAUGGAUGAUUGAACAUGAAAAAGUACUUGAUCUAUUAAGUCAAUUAAAAGCUGGAAAAGGUCUUAUAAUUUUAGCAACGGUUAUACAAGGUAAAUAUGAUGAAAAACGAGAUAUAGCUGAACAAUUACGUCAUUAUUUAAAAGAACAAAUGAUUACACAUCAAAUUCCCAAUGGAUUUAUUGAUGUACUUGUUGCAAAUAAUAUUUAUGAUGGAAUUAAUUCAUUAAUGCAAACUAGUGGUGUUGGUGGAUUUCGUCCAAAUACGGUCAUGUUUGAUUGGCCAACAUCAUGGCAAAAAUAUCAAAUCGAUAGUCGUAUCGAUGAUACAAUCGUUUCUUAUCUUGAUUCUAUACGUCUUGCUGAAAAUAAAAAUUUUGCUAUAUUACUUCUUAAAAAUAUUGAUUCAUAUCCAAGUUUAUUAGAUAUACAAACUGGUUAUAUUGAUAUUUGGUGGAUAAUACAUGAUGGUGGUUUAUUAUUUUUAUUAGCAUUUCUUUUACAACAACAUCAUGUUUGGAAUAAAUGUAUAUUACGUUUAUUUACAAUAUGUUUACCUAAUCAAGAACCACAAAUACAAAAACGUGAACUUGAACAAUAUGUUUAUCAAUUACGUAUACAAGCUGAAGUACAUGCAGUUAUUGUUAAUGAUCAAGAAAUAUCAGCAUUUACAAAAUAUCGAACAAUGACAACGAUAAAUUCAAAAUAUUUUAAUCCAUUUGAUAUCAAUGAAAAACAAAUUAAUAAUGAAAGAGAAAAAUAUUUACAAGAAAUGUUUAAAAAUUAUCCAGCUAAUGGUGAAAAUAUUCAAUAUACAUUUACACCAUCAUCUUUUCAACCAAUAAAAGAAAACUAUUUAACAUAUACACUUAUUGAAGAUUUACAAGUACGAAAAAAAAUGCAUUCAGCUGCUCGUCUUAAUCAAACGAUACUUGAACGAUCACGUAAUUCACAAUUAGUUCUUAUUAAUUUACCUAAAGUUCCUAGAACAAAUGUUAAUGCUGAUUAUGCAUAUAUUGAAUUUAUUGAUCAAUUAUGUGAAGGAAUUUAUCGAUGUAUACUUGUUAAAGGAGGUGGUAGAGAAGUUAUUACCAUAUUCUCAUGA